AUGCGACUAAAGAAACUGUGAAGUUGGAACGUUUAAAAUAAAGACACACACACACACACAUAAAAAAAAACCUAGCAAAAAUGUUGAAUCCAUUCUCCGCUGCUGCGCCCACCUCCUCCCGCUGAAUACCGACCCGGGCCAACAAACCCAGCGCUCCCAAAUCCUAACCGGGCAUUGAGGCUGGCACGCGGCGGGGGCACCGACUGCUUUCUACCCGCCCCGGACUGCCCUCCUUCCCCGCUGCUGGCGGGAUUCAUCCUCCGAGGUGUCUUCCGGCGAGACUCUGCUUGAAUUCCAUACCCUGUGGUCCUGGGCAGAGCGUUAUGGCUCAGACGCUGCAGAUGGCGAUCCCUAACUUUGGCAACAACGUCCUGGAGUGUCUGAACGAACAGCGGCUGCAGGGCCUCUACUGUGAUGUCUCCGUGGUCGUCAAGGGGCAUGCCUUUAAGGCUCAUCGUGCCGUUUUGGCAGCCAGCAGCUCCUACUUCCGUGAUCUGUUCAAUGCUGGGGGGAAGAGCUCGGUGGUGGAGCUACCUCCGGCUGUGCAGCCACAGAGCUUCCAGCAGAUUCUGGCCUUCUGCUAUACGGGACGCCUCAGCAUGAAUGUUGGAGACCAGUUUCUGCUCAUGUACACUGCCGGCUUCCUCCAGAUCCAACAGAUAAUGGAGAAAGGCACAGAGUUUUUCCUCAAGGUCUCAUCUCCAAGCUGUGACUCCCAAGGUCUCCACACAGAGGAGGCCCCAUCCUCUGAACCCCAGAGUCCUGUCACUCAGACAGUGGGAGGGGUGGGUGCCGUAGGAAGGCCUGCUUCCUGUCUGACGCCUCUUCCACUGGUAUCCAAGGUAAAAACGGAACAGACGGCCACUACACCUCAGCAAGCCCAUCAGCAGCAGGAGGGCUCACCCUACUCUGUGGUCUGCACCCCCGUUGCCAAGCGGCUGUGGGAGGGGGCAAACCGGGAUGGGGGAGGAGGCUCUGGAGGAGGCGGAGGAGGUGGAAUGAGAAAGGCUGCACGCUACUCUUCCUCCUCAUCUUCUUCCUCCUCCUGUACCACGUUAACGCAGGACCCAUCUGGGCGUGGACCCGCGGCUAGUGCUGCGAUGGCGGGCAGUGGCGGUGCCACUUUAGUGGGAGGAGCUGGACUCAACAGUAACCACAGUAGUAACAACAACAAUGGCGGGACCCCCGAAGGCACGAGUCCGGGAACACUGAGCAUGUACACAAGCGACUCACCAAUCAGUUACCAUGAUGACGAGGAAGAGGAUGAGAUCGUAGAUGAAAGCGCUGAAGAGCAGUACAGACAGAUCUGCAACAUGUACACCAUGUACAGCAUGCUAAACGCUGGAGCAGCAGUGGUAGGAGAACGGGUGGAGGCUUUGCCAGAUUUGGCUCCCGACUCAGCAGGCGGGCGGGGAGGCAAAGGGGGGCGGUCCCGGCAGGACCUGGCAUCACUGCCCGCCGAGCUCAUCAGCCAGAUCGGUAACCGCUGCCACCCGAAGCUCUACGAGGAAGGCGACCCAGCAGAGAAGCUGGAGUUGGUCAGCGGCACAUCUGUCUUCAUCUCCCGCGCCCAGCUCAUGAAUUGUCACGUCAGCGCUGGCACCCGCCACAAAGUGCUACUCAGACGGCUGCUGGCCGCGUUCUUUGACAGGAGCACACUGGCUAACAGCUGUGGAACCGGCAUCCGCUCGUCGACCAACGACCCCAGCCGGAAACCUUUGGACAACAGAGUUCUGCACGCCGUCAAAUUCUACUGCCAGAACUUUGCACCGAGCUUCAAGGAGAGCGAGAUGAACGCCAUUGCAGCUGACAUGUGCACCAACGCCCGGCGUGUCGUACGGAAGAGCUGGAUCCCCAAACUCAAGCUGCUGAUGGCGGACAGCGACGCCUACUCAGCCUUCCUGGCCGACAGUGUGAAGAUGGAGGCCGACGCACUGGGGGUGGAGCAGGGCUUCGACCCCGCCUCCUUAGAGGCCGUCGCAGCGGCUGCCAACAAUAGCGAAGCCUCAAGCGGGACCCUGCAAGUGGACGCCAUGCCGGGGGCAGGAGGAGACGGCAGCACUUUGUUUUGAACAGGUAGAUGUGACGGACCCAUUUCUCUGGGGGCAGCAAGUCCAGAACAUUGGCCACUGCGGUCUGGAUGACAGUUGUCCCGCCCCUCCCAGCCGCCCUGUCGCUGGAAAUCUGUUCCUUCUCUUGCUCUUUGGUCAGUUUCUUAUAUUUUCCUUUACUUUGCUUGUUAAGAGCCUGCUCUCUCUCCACAACUCCAAUUUUUUAUUUUCAUCUGAUGGAGACAGACAGAAAGGCAGGGUCAAAGGUAGCAGAGCAACGAAUGUGAAACCCCCCCAACACCUGUUCAUUCCUCUGCAACCUUUCUCUGCUUUUAGUUCUAGAUUUUUAAAGCUUUUAUCGUCACUAAGGCCCUUUUCCUUCACAAUCAGUCACAGACAUUUCUGGGAGGGCUGUCAGUGAGUUUAAAUCCUGUUUGGAGAGAGUGAUAUUAGCAACCCUCCCCACCCCCCACCCCCAAACUCCGGUAACACUGUUGUUUUAAUAUUGAAUGUAUGCGAGGCGAGGCACCCAAACUGCAGCGUUGUAAGGCAGUGAUGACUGAAAGAUUGUGCUGAGCCCCCUAUAGGUUUUGAUUCCUUUGCUUUUUUGCAUCCAGACAGCGGUGAGGUGCAACGUUGUCGAAGGGUGCGGCGCCCAUGAAGUGGAGGGUUGUAAUUGUUGAUGUGUAUACAGGCAUGGUUUAAAACCUACUGGCCCCACUUUCUAAAACCUGCCAAUGUUGUUUGGCAGGUGUGUUUUGACAUGUCGGACGUUGAAGAUAUUGUACCCGUUCCUCGAACCCUUGA